UCUCUCUCUCUCUCUCUCUCUCUCUCUCUCUCUCUCUCUCUCUCCCCCCCCCAAUGCAAAUCCAUUCACCAACUCCAUCCCAAGUGUCUUUCAUAUAUAUCAAUCUCCCUCCAACUCUGACCUUAAUUUGCUCAAUCAAUCCAACAUGGCUCUCUCCGGCGGACUACUGUUUCCCAUCUCAUCAAUCAUCAUUCUCAUUUCCCUCGCCUACAAGCUCUACCAAAGGCUCAGAUUCAAGCUCCCGCCCGGCCCACGUGCAUGGCCGAUCGUCGGCAACCUCUACGACAUUAAGCCCGUGAGGUUCCGCUGCUACGCCGAGUGGGCCCAGGAAUACGGCCCCAUCAUAUCGGUGUGGACGGGGUCCACGCUGAACGUGGUGGUGUCGAGCUCGGAGCUGGCCAAGGAGGUGCUCAAGGAGCACGACCAGAAGCUGGCGGACCGGCAUCGGAGCAGAUCGGCCGCGAAGUUUAGCAAGGACGGUCAGGAUCUUAUCUGGGCUGACUACGGGCCCCACUACGUCAAGGUCAGGAAGGUCUGCACUCUGGAGCUCUUCUCUCCCAAGAGGAUCGAGGCUCUCCGACCCAUUAGGGAAGAUGAGGUCACCGCCAUGGUUGAGUCCAUUUUCAAACAUUGCGCCAAUCCUGAAAACUAUGGAAAAAGUUUGCUAGUGAAGAAGUACUUGGGAGCAGUGGCUUUCAACAACAUAACAAGGCUAGCAUUUGGAAAACGUUUUGUUAACUCAGAGGAUGUAAUUGAUGAGCAAGGGCUAGAAUUCAAGGCCAUCGUAGCCAACGGACUAAAGCUCGGCGCAUCGCUUGCCAUGGCGGAGCACAUUCCGUGGUUGCGGUGGAUGUUCCCCCUGGAGGAAGAGGCAUUUGCCAAGCACGGGGCACGACGAGACCGGCUCACUAGGGCUAUCAUGGAGGAGCACACACAAGCACGCAACGAGAGCGGUGGUGCCAAGCAACAUUUUGUGGAUGCGUUGCUUACAUUGCAAGAUAAGUAUGACCUUAGUGAGGACACUAUCAUUGGACUUCUUUGGGACAUGAUUACUGCGGGUAUGGACACCACAGCCAUUUCUGUUGAAUGGGCCAUGGCCGAGCUGAUCAAGAACCCAAGGGUGCAACAGAAGGCUCAACAGGAGCUGGAUGGGGUUAUUGGGGUCGAACGGGUCAUGACCGAAGUUGAUUUCUCCAGCCUCCCUUACUUACAAUGUGUAGCAAAGGAAGCCCUACGGUUGCACCCUCCAACACCACUAAUGCUCCCCCACCGAGCCAAUGCCAACGUUAACAUCGGCGGCUACGACAUCCCCAAGGGUUCGAACGUUCACGUAAAUGUUUGGGCAGUAGCGCGUGACCCAGCGGUUUGGAAAGCCCCAAAUGAGUUCCGACCCGAAAGGUUCCUCGAGGAGGAUGUGGACAUGAAGGGGCAUGAUUUUAGACUACUUCCAUUUGGAGCGGGAAGGCGAGUAUGCCCCGGAGCCCAACUUGGUAUCAACUUGGUGACCUCUAUGUUGGGCCACCUAUUACACCAUUUUAAUUGGACUCCGGCGGAAGGGGCGAAGCCGGAGGAGAUUGACAUGUCGGAAAAUCCAGGGCUCGUCACAUACAUGAGAACCCCGUUACAAGCCGUGCCUACUCCUAGGCUGCCAUCACAGUUAUACAAACGUGUCGCUGCAGAUAUGUAAUCUGUAGCGUUUCUUAUUUUUCUUGAAGACAUGUUAAAUGACCUCCUUAAAUUUGAAAUGAUGUUUGUAUUUCUCCUAAAAAUAUCGGUGGCCCAUGUCCUUCCAAACAAAUAAAUAGGGACAGUUGAGACCAGAAAUAAUGGACCAAGAUUGUCUCCCCUCUCACUUUUCAUCAUCUCCUACUUUUCUAGCCAUUGAUUUCAUAGUUAUUUUAAUGCUCCAGAUUUUGCCACCUCACCAACAACUCCAAAACAUUUUUAAGGCCCAAUUUCCUGACUUCUUUUUGCUGCUUUCCCGCCUCUAAAGCAUCUUUUCUCCCACCUCUUCCACUUUUCCUAGACUUCACCUCCCACCGAUUCAAUAAGUUUGAUCUUCUCACAUUUUGCAACUCUAUCCUUAUGCCAUUUCACACUGCUGCAUCUUCAUUGGGUCUUCCCAAGUUUGUUUAUGUAAUUUUUUUUGCUUGUUUUUGCUCCUUUUUGCUAUUGGAUUUGUAUUUUCUUUUUUAUAACAUGUUGGGGUCCUCUUUUUCCGGUUUAAUGUGUCCCAUUAUUUGUUCUUCUAGAGUAA